AAGUGAAAUCCUUGCCGUCACUUGUGAUAGAUGAGGUCAAUUCAUACUGGUACAAAAACAACGGUGAUCAUGUAUCCCGAGAACCCAGGAUUUUAUCACGUCUGGAAAGGCUGCCAACAACAGUGUGUUCUGCAUGAAUGAGACUUCAUUAAGCGUGUGCAACUCAUGGUCUAAUGAACCAUACCUAGUAAGCUGUUUCUGAAAAGUUACUUCUUCAAUAAUAGUUAACUGUUGGAAACAUUAUACGCCGAUACAGUUACCUGUUAAGGAUUGCGAGACGAGUGCACAAUCACCUCUUGCUUUCUAAUCUUUCGUAAAAUAAUAUAUCUUACUGAGAAAAUGACCUAUGAUUGGCAAGGAUGUCAGACGUGUUUAAAACAGUACAAGUCAUUAUACUACGCCUUAUACGAAUAAAACGACUUGACUAAAGAGAUAAUUAUGGCGACGUAAACAUGCCAAUUUGUGGAACCUAUUCGUCUUCUCGUGGCAGUAGGCGUUUAUAGGACAGGAGGCAGCUAUUUCAGUUAGACUAUGAACCUUUCCAACCUCACAUCUGCUUCAGAAAUUGCCAGGUAUAAUCUGACUGAAUACAACAUCCUUAACGACAUUAUCCAGAACCAGGUAGUGCAAGCCCUCUUCUGCAUGGUAUACACCUGCAUUUUUGUGCUCGGCGUGUUCGGAAACGUGCUCGUGUGCUAUGUAGUGGGCCGUAACCGUGCCAUGCAGACGGUGACGAACCUGUUCAUCAGCAACCUGGCCCUGUCGGACAUCCUGCUGUGCAUCCUCUGCGUGCCCUUCACCCCUCUCUACACCUUCCUGGGCUCGUGGAUAUUCGGCAGUACUUUGUGCCACGUGGUGGCCUUCGCGCAAGGCACCAGCGUGUACAUAUCGACACUGACUCUCACGUCCAUAGCGGUGGACCGCUUCUUCGUCAUCGUCUACCCGUUCAAGCCGCGCAUGAAGCUGGCGACGUGUACCAUCAUCAUAUCCUGCAUAUGGCUCUUCUCCGUGAUGGUUACUCUCCCGUACGGCAUAUACACCGUGCUGCGCGCCGACAGGAGAGCGUUCUACUGCGAGGAGCACUGGCCGUCAGAGAGGGUGCGGCAGGUGUACGGCGGUCUCACGGCGACGCUGCAGUUCGUCCUGCCCUUCUUCAUCGUCACCUUUUGCUACGUGAACGUCUCGCUGAAGCUGAACGAUCGCGCCAGGGCCAAACCCGGCAGCAAGAACUCGAGGCGGGAGGAGGCGGAUAGGGACCGCAAGAGGCGCACCAACCGCAUGCUCAUCGCCAUGGUGACCAUAUUCGGCGUCUCCUGGAUGCCGCUCACCAUCGUCAACCUGACCAACGACCUGUACAUGUCGACGGGCCGCUGGGAGUACUUCAACUUGAGCUUCUUCGUGGUGCACGCGCUCGCCAUGAGCUCCACCUGCUACAAUCCUUUCCUCUACGCCUGGUUGAACGAGAACUUCCGCAAGGAGUUCAAGCAGGUGCUGCCGUGCUUCGACCCCGGGGGCGGCGCGUCGUGCCGCUCCUACGGCGGGGGCGGCGGCGGCGCCGGCUGGAAGUCCGAGCGCACCACCUGCAACGGCAACGACACGCUCGACUCGGUGCUGUUGACGUCAGCGGUGCACUGCCGCAGCACCUCGGUGCGCCGCCAAACUGCCAGCUCCAUCCCCGAGGAGUUCGAGCCAUCACCGGCCGGCGAGGCCGGAGGCGGGGCAGCCGCCUCCUACUCCGCCAUCGCGGACGAGGUCCACCUGCACUUGGGACCUGGUCUCCACAAGCCCGACGUCCCACCUGGUGUCCUCAUCGAGUCCCUGUAG